AAUGAAUUCUGAUUCUAAAUCGCAGGAUCAUACCGACGACAAGAAUAUGAGUGAAAACUCAAAUAGUUGUAAAGUGAUGUCAAAGCUGUUGCUUCCUCAAGACUUGAUGCUUCAUAUAUUUCAUUUGCUUCCUAUUUACUGCCUUAUCGACUCUGCAAGGUAUGUUUCUAAACAUUGGGCUGACACUUUUAAUCAACUCGACGGACGCCGUCUGCGUUCUACACCUGGAAUUUUGGUUGAAAACCGCCUGUCAAAAGGAAAUUUUUAUUUCUUGGAAUUCAAAGAUGACGUGAAUGCCGGAUUUGAAACCAUUUACUUACCAACACCUCCGAAUAUGGGAUUUUUAAUGGGUACUUGUCAUGGCAUUUUGAUGCUUUUGGCUCCCGAUGGACACAUUUUCCUCGUAAACCCCGUCCUCAAGUGCUGGCUUAGACUUCCUCGUUUUUAUGUCUCUCAAUGUCAAUCACCUUUAUAUAUUAUGAAUCGGUGUGCUAUAGCAUGUGUUCCUCAUACUGCCAAAUUCAAGUUGUUCUUUCAAGACAUCCUUAUCGUGCCGGGUGCUAUUUUCUAUGUUUUCUAUGUGCUAAGAGUUGGAACAGAUAACUCAUGGAAAGAGAUAGCCAGAAAAGAAGCUCCCCGUGAUGGCCAUAUAUCAUGGAAGCCACUUUAUAGUGGAGGCAAUGAUCUCUACUGGAUAACAUCGGAGGGAAUUAUUGUGUUCAGUGUUGACAAGGAAAUUAUUGUACGAGAAUAUCCACUUUACGUGUCUCUUCAUAGACGGACACCAAACUAUUUAUGGACGGGAACUCACAUUUCUUGCAUCUUGACUAAACGUUCUUACAAAGAAUAUGAAAUCCACCUUCUGGAUUUUGAUUCUGGAAAAUGGUCUCUUUAUCAUGAGACGGGGCCAUUUGAUUAUACGACUGCUUCUGGUCAUAAUCUUAUUGCUCCAAAAGUGAAAUUCCGGUUAUGGAUUAAUGAUCAAAUUAUCUUUACGGUCGAUCUAACAGAAAAAAGAAUUACAUACCUACAUUUUGCUUACGAUGUGAAGACCAAACAAUUUACAAAGAUCGAGGACAUUGACGAGGGCUACUAUGAAGCAUGGCUUCACACUAACACUCUAGUUUCUUUGUCAACUGCUCCGGCAUAGCAGCUAUGUUUCCCGGUAUAAUACAUAGAAUUCAUGGUUUGAAAGGCUCAAGAGAUGUUUGAUACUUUGAUUUGAAGUUGUAAGCUGAUUUCAUUGCAUUGCGAAUAGUAUGUGAAAUCCAUAUUCUACUAGUUUUAUUUAGAUUAAUUGUUUGACAUCUUAAUUAUUUGAUUAAAACUAUAGGUGGUGCAAUACCUUGUUUUUGUGUCAACAUGGAUACACUGUACUG